CGUCUAUUUCCGCCAUCGCGUCGUCUUGCCUCCAUUUUAUUCUUGUGUAUGUGUGCGUGCGCAGUGUCAGUUUGAACUGGAAAGAAAAACAGCACCGAAAGCGGACGCACUGAGAUAUUUCUACAGAAAUGGACGGCAUCAGUGAUGUUGCAGUUGGAGUGAAGAGGGGAUCAGACGAGCUGAGUAUGUACAACAGUCCCAAUUCUGGCGUGAGCAGUGUCAGUGAUGGGGCUUCCAACGGCAGUGACAGUAAGAAGCUGCGUGUGGAGGAGGCCCCGCCCUCACGCGUCCUCCACAUCAGGAAACUGCCCAACGAGGCAUCAGAGACCGAAGUCAUUGCCCUGGGCUUGCCUUUCGGCAAAGUCACUAAUAUCCUCACACUCAAGGGAAAGAACCAGGCUUUCUUGGAGAUGGGGACGGAGGAGGCGGCCAUCACUAUGAUCAACUACUACACCACGGUUACGCCUCACAUCCGCAACAUCCCUGUGUUUGUUCAGUACUCCAAUCACAAAGAACUCAAAACCGACGCCGGCAAUCAGCGGACCCAAGCGGUGCUUCAGGCGGUGUCAGCGGUCCAGUCGGGCGGCUCGCCCAGCUCUGACGUCCAGGAGGCUCUAGCCGCAGCCUCAAGCCCCGUCCUGCGGAUCAUCAUCGAUAACAUGUUUUACCCCGUGACGCUGGAUGUACUGCAACAGAUUUUCUCCAAAUUUGGCACGGUUAUGAAGAUCAUCACAUUCACUAAGAACAAUCAGUUCCAGGCCCUUCUGCAGUUCAGCGAUCCAAUCAAUGCGCAGCAGGCCAAACUGGCUCUGGAUGGCCAGAACAUUUACAACUCAUGCUGCACGCUACGCAUCGACUUUUCCAAGCUGGUCAACCUGAAUGUCAAGUACAACAACGACAAGAGUCGAGACUACACGCGGCCCGAGCUGCCCGCCGGCGACGGCCAGCCCAGCCUUGAGUCGUCGGUGGCCGCCGCCUUCAGCAAAGACUCCAACUCCCUCCUGGGUAAGAUCCCAGGAGCCCUGAACCCUCUGAGUGCGGCGGCGGCAGCUGCUGCUGCUGCAGGCAGGGUGGCGCUCGCUGGACAGGCGGGGUCCAGCGGUGUCCUGCUGGUCAGCAACCUCAAUGAGGAGAUGGUUGCGCCCCAAAGUCUGUUUACCCUCUUCGGGGUGUAUGGCGAUGUCCAGAGGGUGAAAAUUCUUUACAAUAAGAAGGACAGCGCUCUUAUUCAGAUGUCCGACGCCAACCAGGCUCAGCUAGCCAUGAGCCACUUGAAUGGCCAAAAGAUGUACGGGAAGAUCAUCCGGGUGACUCUGUCUAAGCAUCAGACCGUGGCGCUGCCUCGGGACGGCCUGGACGACCAGGGCCUGACCAAGGACUACGCCAACUCCCCGCUCCAUCGCUUCAAGAAACCCGGCUCCAAGAAUUUCCAGAACAUCUUCCCGCCCUCUGCCACCCUCCAUCUCUCCAAUGUCCCACAAGAUGUGACCGAGGAGGAUCUGCGGCUGCUCUUCUCAAAUGCUGGAGGAACUGUGAAAGCAUUCAAGUUUUUCCAGGAUCGUAAAAUGGCUCUGAUCCAGAUGUCCACCGUAGAGGAGGCCAUCCAGGCUCUGAUUGACCUUCACAACUACAACAUGGGGGGAAACCAGCACCUUCGAGUCUCCUUUUCAAAGUCCACCAUUUAAAGUAGAGGGAAAAACAAAGAAAUGUAACCCACAGUCCUGGAGCUGGCAGUCAGAAACCUUACACACUGCGUCUGUAGCAUGUGGGGGGGGGGUCUGCCAUAUGGAGUGAAUCAGUUAUAUUGUCGGGGUUUAGUUGAUCCUGCCAUUCCUUGAAAAAGAGACAGACAUUCUUGAAUAUAAAAAAAGAAGCAGAAAACAAUUGUGUUUUGCAGAUACUGGUUCCUCCCAUCUAUUCUUAACCAUACCUCUGAUUCUAUGUCAGGACAAAAUAUUGACAUGAUUGAUUGUGUCUUCUCCCCAGCCCCCCCAACACACACACAACGUAUGAUAGUUUGAUGUCAAUCAGUGUUUAACUCUAUUUAGUUGAAAAGAUACAGUACUUAUGUGCCUUACUUGACAAAAUCUACAGUUUCUACAGCUGGACAUGUUCAUUAACUACCCUCCUAUGCUUUUGAGGCACAUUGGUAUAUAUUUUUGAGGGUCAGUGAGAAUUUAAGCGGUUUGUCCUCUGAACAGAUUUCUUUUUUUCAUAACGUCUCAAAUAAUAUUCCUGAGGCAAAAUGUAAGCUUCUCUUUGAAUUCCAUUAUUCCCCCCAGUUAUGAACUUUCCCAAAGUGGCUAGGAAUGUCUUUAUCUGUGCUCAUCUAUUCCAGCAGGUGUUUAUUUUCAGUGACGGCGGUUGUCUAAAGCAUGAAUGUUUGACUUCAGAAGCGUUGCAUGCUGGUGACCAGUGAGAAUCUGAAUCCACUGUGAUUUCUUUGUCAUGUGACAGUUUACAUCGAGAGGGCUACUCAGUUGGACCAAAGUUUCUGUGCCUUUUUUAGUGUUCCUUUAAUUCGUUUGAACUAAAAAAACAACAAAAAAAGGAUUAGAACCCACUGAUGCCCAGAACUUUAAGCGGCAAGUUAAUUCCCCAAAAAUGUUUUAAACUACCCAACUCUGACUUCAGGUUGUUCCUGAGAAGUAAUACUUGUGUAUUUUGAUUUUAUACUAAUUCUGAUUUUAUACAGUUCAUAAUGUAAGAAUUUGGUAUAGUUCUGAAGAGGCACAAUUAAAGGAUGACUUAUGUUCGAACAAGGGGAGGUGUGCCUUGGUUUCCUGCUUUUUUCUUUUAGUUUUCCCUCUCAUGGUCUCUCUUGUGUAUUCUGCAUUAGGUCUGUAGCAUGCUUAAUAAACUAUUCUGUAGCUCCGCAUUCA